CUGUUCGGACUAGUCUUAUGCCUGGCAUUUUAAGAACUGUUGCUCACAACAAGGACCAUCCUAAGCCCAUAAAGAUUUUUGAAGCAGGUGAUAUAGCAAUUUUGGAUGACAAAAAAGAUGUUGGUGCAAAAAAUCUACGACAACUUGCUGCACUUUACUGUGGGGCUAAUGCAGGAUUUGAGAUAAUUCAUGGCUUAGUGGACAGAGUAAUGGAAAUGAAUGGGAUUCCCUUUGUUUCAUCUGGUGAUAUAUCGGGGUAUUAUAUUGAGCGGUCAGAUGAACCUGAGUUUCUUGCUGGAAGACAAGCUAGAAUCGUUUACAAGGGAAAGCAAAUUGGGAUUUUUGGCAUUGUUCAUCCCGAGGUAUUAAACAACUUCGACAUUCCAGAUCCUUGCUCCUUUGUAGAGCUUAACAUUGAAAGUUUGUUAUAAAAAUUAUUUGUUUCAAAUGUAUCCAUUUGCCCCUGGCACCAUUUAAUCAUUGUUCCUUCAAUCUGGGAAUCAAGAUCCUUCACUUCUUGAGCCGCAUA